AUGCAGCGGCGGGUCUCCGUGGCGCACCUGGUCGCGCUCUCGCUGGCGCUGCUCGCGCUGCUCGCGCGCCCGGGCUCGGCGGACGCCUUCGGGGACGAGGACGAGGCGACGUGCGACCCGAUCCGCAUCUCCAUGUGCCAGGACCUGGGCUACAACGAGACGCGGAUGCCCAACCUGGUGGGCAACGUGCUGCAGGCGGACGCGGAGCUGCAGCUCACCACCUUCACGCCGCUCAUCCAGUACGGCUGCUCGAGCCAGCUGCGGUUCUUCCUGUGCUCCGUCUACGUGCCCAUGUGUACGGACAAGGUGCCCGAGCCCAUCGGCCCGUGCGGCAGCAUGUGCCUCUCGGUGAAGCGCAAGUGCCUGCCGGUGCUCACCGAUUUCGGCUUCGUUUGGCCCGAGCUGCUCAACUGCAGCCUCUUCCCGCCGCAGAACGACCAGAACCACAUGUGCAUGGAGGGCCCCGGGGACGAGGACGGCCCGUACCACGCCAUCCGCACGCUGCAGCCCAUGGAGGAGGAGUGCCACGCGCUGGGGGCGGAGCCCGACCAGUACGCCUGGGUGAAGCGCAGCCACGCCUGCGUGCUGCAGUGCGGCUACGACUCGGGCCUCUACCGGCGCCAGGCCAAGGUCUUCACGGACGUGUGGAUGGCGGUGUGGGCCGUGCUCUGCUUCGUGUCCACCGCCUUCACGGUGCUCACCUUCCUCGUCGACUCGUCGCGCUUCUCCUACCCCGAGAGGCCCAUCAUCUUCCUCAGCAUGUGCUACAACAUCUACAGCAUCGCCUUCGUCGUGCGCCUCACCGUGGGCCGCGAGCGCAUCUCCUGUGACCUGGAGGAGGCGGCCGUUCCCGUCCUGGUCCAGGAGGGCCUGAAGAACACGGGCUGCGCCAUCGUCUUCCUCCUCACCUACUUCUUCGGCAUGGCCAGCUCCAUCUGGUGGGUCAUCCUCACGCUCACUUGGUUCCUGGCCGCGGGGCUCAAGUGGGGCCACGAGGCCAUCGAGAUGCACAGCUCGUACUUCCACAUCGCCGCCUGGGCCAUCCCGGCCGUCAAGACCAUCGUGAUCCUCAUCAUGCGCCUGGUGGACGCCGACGACCUCACGGGCCUCUGCUACGUGGGCAACCAGCACAUCGACGCGCUCACGGGCUUCGUGGUGGCGCCGCUCUUCACGUACCUGGCGAUCGGCACGCUCUUUAUCGCCGCCGGCCUCGUGGCGCUCUUCAAGAUCCGCUCGAACCUUCAGAAGGACGGCACCAAGACGGACAAGCUGGAGCGCCUCAUGGUGAAGAUCGGCGUCUUCUCCGUGCUCUACAUGGUGCCGGCGGGCUGCGUCAUCGCCUGCUACCUCUACGAGAUAUCCAACUGGGGCGACUUCAAGCAGUCGGCGCGGGACGCGUACGCUGCCGUCGAGAUGCUCCGGAUCUUCAUGUCGCUGCUGGUGGGCAUCACGUCGGGCAUGUGGAUCUGGUCGGCCAAGACGCUGCACACGUGGCAGAAGUGCUCCAGCCGGCUGGCGAGCUCGGGCCGGGCGAAGAGGGCGACGCGCGCCGACGGCUGGAUUAAACCGGCGAAGGGAAACGAGACGGUGGUGUGAGACCCGGGAGGAUCCCGGACGCUGGGAUGACGGGGGGGUCUCGCUGCUCUUCUCUUCGGUGGGGGCGGCGAGGGUGUCGACCCGGGGCAUGUUUUUGGGUCGUUCUCCUCCACGGAGACGCGGCACGGGACGGGCUUCGGGUCCAGAACGCGAGUUCCGAUGAGCCGCGGUGCUCUUAGCGUCACCGGUCCUCCCCACCUGCAGGGGGCGCUCAUCUGGGAAGAGGACUGGGGUUGUACUUCUUAUGCAUCUUCGAUGAAGGCUUUUAAAUAGUUUCUAGUAGAUUUUUACACUGGACAGCGGCAGUGCAGGUGCCUUGCCACCCCAGGCCAGAGGGGUGGUCGCAGGGAAGCGCACUGGGUGAGGGGAGGGGGGGCUUAGGCAAGGAGGAGGAGGAGGAGGAGGAUGGGGGAGGGGCAACGUUCUCCCGGCUUCUUAAAUCCACUCCAGGUCACACAUGAGCACAAAGGAGCCUCUCUGGUUAAAAGGGAUCUUGGGACUUUGUUUCCAUCGCAUCAUGGAGUGUUUAUGGGAAAAUAUCCACUAAACAAUUUUUUUUUAUUUUUUUUUUUUUGGUUACUCUUUGGACGUUUUAAACGAUGCGCCGUGAGCCCCGGGGUCGUGUUUUAUUGUCCGACUGGCGCGUUAUUUCAAUCCCAAUGCUGAGUAAAGCACCGGCCCCUCUUCUCUGAGAACUCCCCUACGGAUCAUUAUUUUAAGUAUAAAACGGUUAACGCUCCACCUUAUCCACACACACACACACCCAGAGUGAGUAGACAAUCCACAGGGGUCUCUUCUGUGAGCCCACCGAAUGUAUGUGACUCGGAGGUGCCGUAGGUACUGGCGACACCCGGACCGGGACUCUGUGAAGUUCUUUUGAAUAUGUUUUGUAAAAGGACAGGUGUUUCUCCUGUUAACGUGUUAUAAAAUGCUAAUUUAUCUUUGUACAAAACUAAGAAGUUUGCUAUUUAAGAAUCCUUUUGUAUCAGAAGAACAGGAAUUAAACUUUUUGGUUUUUAAGUCGCUCUCCGCGAGCUCUCUUGUCUGAAGACACCCCUGAAAUCGGGGCUCUCGGCCGGAUUUAAGAAGCGCGAAAGACGUACGGCAGGUGGCGUAGCGGUUCGAGUCGCGGCCUUGCAGUUGGACGACCCGUUCGAGACCUCCUCCAGGUGUAGUGGCCUUGAGCGAGGUACUCGCGCGGUAUUAAUGCGUAAAUCGGUGCGCGGCGGGCUGACGAUGGGAAAAGGAGUCAUUUAAAUAAAAUGAUGACGAGGGACAGUUUACUAUUUAAACCACAGCUGUUGCAGUAAGUGCAGAGUAACCGGUCUCACUUGUGCCCCUUGUUUGUGUUGCGCCGGGUUGAAAUGGGUUCAAAUGUGGCCCUGGGUUUCAAUUUUAUUCCUUUAGUCUUACGUGCAUUGUCAAUAAGACACUUUGUAAGCAGGGUUCUUUGUAAAUAAGAUACAUUGUAUCUUAACGCAUGUAAUUAUCUUCAAAGUAUCUAACUGACAAUGUGUCUUAUUUACUAAUUGUAUUAACGUUAACAAUUUUAGGUAGA